CUACGACUAUGUUGCCCUGCGCUACACACCCGCGGAGCUGCGCAUCCACUUUGAUAAGCUCGGCUGGAACCGAGUUGUCGCUUUCCAGACUAGGUACUUUCAUCGAACGUAACCCUGUACGGCCGUGUAUUAACGGUCAACCGCAGAAACCCCAUGCACAGAGCUCACCGUGAGCUGACCGUCCGUGCGGCUCGUGCUCGCCAGGCCAACGUCCUGAUCCACCCCGUUGUCGGUCUUACCAAGCCCGGUGACAUUGACCACUUCACCCGUGUCCGUGCUUACCAGGCUCUCUUGCCCCGCUACCCUAACGGAAUGGCAGUCCUUGGUCUGCUGCCCCUUGCCAUGCGUAUGGGUGGUCCCCGUGAGGCCAUCUGGCACGCCAUCAUCCGUAAGAACCACGGUGCUACCCACUUCAUCGUCGGCCGUGACCACGCCGGUCCCGGUAAGAAUUCCAAGGGCGAGGAAUUCUACGGGCCGUACGACGCCCAGCACGCUGUCGAGAAGUACAGGGACGAGCUGGGUAUCGAGGUUGUCGAGUUCCAGCAGGUCACAUACCUGCCCGACACCGAUGAAUACAAGCCCAAGGAUGAGGUCCCUGCCGGUGUCAAGACCCUGGACAUCUCCGGCACUGAGCUUCGUAAUCGCCUCCGCACUGGUGCCCACAUUCCGGAGUGGUUCUCCUACCCCGAGGUUGUUAAGAUCCUGCGCGAAUCUAGCCCCCCACGCGCCACCCAAGGAUUUACCAUCUUCCUUACUGGUUACAUGAACUCCGGCAAGGACGCUAUUGCUCGUGCUCUGCAGGUCACCCUGAACCAGCAGGGUGGUCGUGCAGUCUCUCUCCUUCUGGGUGACACUGUCCGCCACGAGCUCUCCUCGGAAUUGGGCUUCAGCCGUGAGGACCGCCACACCAACAUUCAACGUAUUGCCUUCGUUGCCAGUGAGCUGACAAAGGCCGGUGCUGCGGUUAUUGCUGCUCCCAUUGCUCCUUAUGAGCAUUCUCGGAAGGCCGCCCGUGAGGCUGUCUCUCAGCACGGCUCCUUCUUCUUGGUCCACGUCGCUACUCCUCUGGAAUACUGCGAGAAGACCGACAAGCGCGGCAUCUACGCCAAGGCCCGUGCCGGCGAGGUCAAGGGCUUCACUGGUGUUGAUGAUCCUUAUGAGACUCCUACCCGCGCUGAUCUCACUGUCGAUCUCUCUAAGCAGACUGUUCGCAGCAUUGUCCACGAGAUCAUCCUUCUGCUUGAGACUGAGGGCUUCUUUGACCGCGCUUAAAGGUGUUUUGGGAUGGAUUUCUUGUUGUCAUGAAGUUUAGAGGGACUUUGAACUGAAUAUUGGAAAGAUAUCAUAGAAUGUAUUGCUUUAAUGGACUAUCUUUGAUUCCCUAUGAUGUCACUCAAAGUUUACUAAUAUGUAUACGGGAGCGCGUCCCGUCACAAUCGGCAGGACGUGAUAGACAUGAUGCCACUGUUACUACCGAAAACCGUAGUCCCUGUGUUUCUUUGCUAAAACUUCGACUGUCAUUGUUUCUGUAGUACUUUUGAUUGCCAUUGGUCUGGUUGCAUCGGCAUUACUUGCACUCCGCAAUUUAUGCAAACAGUGCAAACAGACUGGUUGAUCUCCAACCGCAGAAAAGCGGAAUUGACGGUCCUCGAGAACAUCUCGACACAAUACCUACAA